UAGAUGCUGCGUACCCCCAAGUGCUCCCGAUGCCGGAACCAUGGCUUCCUGGUGCCCGUCAAGGGCCAUGCGGGCAAAUGCCGCUGGAAGCAGUGCUUCUGCGAGAAGUGCUACCUGAUCACCGAACGCCAGAAGAUCAUGGCUGCACAGAAGGUGCUCAAGAAGCAGACAUCUGAAGAGGAGGAGGUAGACCUGGGCGCGCAGGGACCCGAGUUGGCCCCCAGGGCUGUGGCUGCUGCCCUGGGCUCAAGCCUCCGCCCGCCGCCGCGGCCGCCCGCCGCCUCCAGAGAUGCGGAGCACGGCCCUCCGGCUGCCGGCUUCCCUGAGAGGCCCCCGCGGGGCCCCACCCCAGGCCCCAGCGCCUUCCAGCCGGUUCUGGGCAGCCGUGGCCACGUUGGGCCGAAUGGAGGAGUCGUGGCCGCAGUGCCGGGUACUGUAGGACCCCAGAUCGAAGCAGAGGCCGCGGGCCGGGGAUGCCCUGGCCAGCUGGAGAGGCGCAGGCCGUUGUGGCCUGUGCCCAGCCCGCCGUUCGCCGACUUCGCUUCCCUGCUCCCGGAGCUGGCGGCUCAGGCCCGCCCGGAACCCACCAUGGUGGGCCGUCUGGGGUGCCCUCUGAACAUCUCCUCGGCUCACGUGGUGGGGUCUGAGUACCUGGAGAGAGAGCCUUCCAAGGUGUACCCCAGUUGCUCCAGCAUGCACUCCUACCAUCUGUUCCCACUGGGCUACCAGAAUGCAGCUCCAGCCCUGGGGAUCCCCCUACAGCAGGGCUUCCGGCACAUCUCCUGCAGUCAACAGCCUGGAGGAAGCUUGGUGCCGGAACCAGUGGGAGAAUUCCAGCCAAGCUACUACCCUCCACCUCCACCGCUGCAGCCUCAGUUCCUCCCGCCAGGCUUCCUCUCUGCGCUCCACUUCCUCCCGCCACCACCGCCGCCGCCACAACCAUCAUCUUUCUUGCUGACUGUCCCUUCUGACAUGGACAAGGAUACCACUGAUGACCAGGAUGCUGAGGUGCCACCUGAGCCCAGCCAGUCGUCUUCUCAGGAGCAGUCCAACUAA